AUGAAAAGAAAAAGCGAUGCUUUACUGGGAACUUUCCAAACUGCUGAAGUGACGCCUCCAAGCGAUAACAGUAAUGGUACUGUUGGUGGCGGCAAUGGAAAUAACAGUGGCAUAUCGACUUUUAACAGCGGUAAGAAGAGGAACAAACUUAUAAAAUCUUGCAGCUUUUGUAGGAGAAGAAAACUUCGUUGUGAUCAACAGAAACCAAUGUGCUCUACAUGUGUUUCGAGAAACUUAAUGACAUGUCGGUACGCUGAAGAAUUCAACAAGAACAUCGAAAAGAAAGCUAUCUAUGGUUCCCAUUCUACUGCCGAAUUAUCUAAGAAAAUUGAAGAGCUGGAAAACAAAAUCCGUAUUUUAGAAGCUGAAAAGAAUAUCACCUCGUCUGUGAGUUCCACGUAUACUUCCCCAAAUUUUCCUCUUUCGAGUGCUAGUGGAUGCGGAGGAUCUACCAAUACUUCCUCUCCAUUACCAGGCGGUGUAAUAAAUCCAUAUGCUGACUGUUAUUACUUACAAUUGAAGCACUCUGGUAGAUCGAUACUUUAUGGUCCAACUUCUAUGAGAACACAAAUUGCAAACAGUAACUGGGGGUUUGUUGAGAAAUACAAACAAUUAUGGACAAAGGUUAAGGUUGAAAGAAAUAAAUGGAAGCAAAACAACAAGAGGACAAUGCGCAGGGAUCUAAGUCUUUUGGACGAGUCUAGUUGGGAACCUGAUUCAUUGAUUAAACAAAUAUGCAACUUCUUACCAUCAUAUGAUAAAGUUUUGUCUAUUUUAGAUGAAUUUUUUAUCGAUAAAACAUGUAAUGAGAUUAAUAUAAUUCUCGACAAAUCAAAAGUUAAAAGAGACUUUCUGGAUUAUUUCAUGCCGGGAAAAGAGAUCCUUGCAAAUGGUGAGAGGCCCAUCGUUUAUAUCCUAUCCAAUGCGAAGAAAAACUACUAUAAAGCUGCUGUAAUACUAUUAAUUCUGUGUCUAAAAUACUUUUUUGCGAAUGUCCCAGCACCUGUUGAGAAAUUCUUUACGUUCCUGAAUGGUGCGUCCAGGGCUAAAGUGUUCUAUAUCGAGCGUGCCCAGAUGUUGAUACUAUUCCAUUACCAUCGUGAGGUUUAUUCAUUCGGCGGAGAUGGCUCAGAUUUGAUUAACAUAAACCAAUCUUUAUUCACCACGACUACCACAUUAGGAUUGCAUUUAAAUAUUAGAGAAACAUUCAAGGAUCAAGAGGAAUUCAUGGGGAGCAUGGAAAGUUUGGAAAAUGUCUGGUUUAUGGCAAUAGUGAUCGACUACAAUGUUUCUAGUCACAUUGGUAAACCUUUGCUGAUUAACAAUUUUUAUUUAGAUGAACAGCAAGAUUAUUGUAUAUUGAAUAGUCAAAGUAAGACAUAUGAGGGAAAACUGAAAAGGUAUUUGAAAAUGGCAAGACGAAUGUUGUUAGCCCUUUACGAUAGAGAAAUGUUCCCAGAUUUAAAGGUUUUCUCUAAGCAAAUUAUCAGUUUUGUCGAGGAAGAACUUGGCCCACUUGGUCAUUACACGGAUGAAAAUCAAACUGGGGAAUUUCCCCUAAGAGAAACUAGAAUUCUAAGUAUGGCAUUGGGAUUAUUGUUAUCGUUCUAUGCCUUGUUACAUUCUGUCUUGAAAUCCAGAAAUAUUGAGUCUAAAAAUAAUACUUUUCAACUGGUUCUAAUCAAUUUCUCUGUCAUUGUCAAUACCACAAUUCGAUGCUAUAAUAUCGAUAAAGCAAUUUAUCCGGAGAAAUUCGAUGCCUCCUACCCACACUUACCGCCACAUAUGGCUUUGUCAAUGAGCUUCACGGCCGGACUAUUUUCCAAAACUCUAGUGUUUUUUUGUUCACUGAUUUACUUCAAAAUGACACUUUUCGAGAAUGGAAUAUGUCUAUCCAAUGAUAUGGAGAUUGGAUGGUCGGAUUUGACCAGAAUAACUGUCCCCUUAGACAAGGAUCUAUCGUUAGGUACUGCAAUGAAUUUGUACACGACAAUCUUCGAUCGCCUGUUCACGGCUGGAAAUAAAGAAUUAAUACGCACCAUGCAUAGAUCAUCGCAAUUCGUAGUGGAUUUGGCUAUUGAAAGAACUUAUAGAACUAUUCUUGGAAACGUGAUCGAAUUCAGAAAGAUGACUGAGGAAACAUGGUUGGCACAGAUUAAACAAGAACUGGACCCACAAAGCCACCACCUAUCAUCAGACCUUAUAACAGAGAGUGACAAGCAACGCCAGAACCAGCAAAACCAGCACCAGCAGAAUGCAAGCUCUGUAGCUCCAACAGCCACUCCCCCGAUGAUCCAAACCAUAUCACCAACACCAGGUGACACUAGGAACCAGACAAGAAGUCAGUCAGAAAUUAUUCAGAUGUUGACAGAUGAAUUUUGGACAAAUUACAAUUCAGCUUGGGAGGAGUUGCUAGAUCAAUCCGAGUUUUCUACACUUUUCAAUGAUUACGAAAACAAGUAG